AUGGCUUCCACCUCCCAAUCCCUCCGUUUCCUUGGCCCUGCUUCGUCUACUUGCCCCAGUGGCGGAAGCUUUGAUGCACUUAAUCGCAUUCUUUCAGACCUAUGUACACGUGGCAGUCCCAAGGAGGGUGCUACUUUGGCUCUGAAAAAACAUUUGGAGGAGGAAGCUCGUGAUCUUAGCGGAGAAGCCUUUUCUCGUUUCAUGGACCAGUUGUAUGAUCGAAUUUCCUCUCUCUUACAUAGUAAUGAUGUUGCUGAAAACUUGGGAGCUUUACGAGCAGUAGAUGAGUUAAUAGACGUGGCACUUGGUGAAAAUGCUUCCAAAGUCUCAAAAUUUGCCAGUUAUAUGCGACAUGUGUUUGAGGUAAAGCAGGAUCCCGAAGUGCUGGCUCUUGCUAGUAGAGUUCUUGGCCAUCUGGCCAGGGCUGGCGGAGCAAUGACAGCAGAUGAAGUAGAAAUUCAGGUGCGGAUGGCACUAGACUGGCUUCAAAAUGACAAAGCUGAACAUCGCCUUUUUGCUGCUGUCCUCAUACUAAAAGAAAUGGCAGAAAAUGCUUCCACUGUAUUUAAUGUCCAUGUUCCAAGAUUUGUUGAUGCAAUAUGGGUUGCAUUGAGGCAUCCAACCUUGCAAGUUAGAGAGCGAGCUGUGGAGGCAUUGCGUGCUUGUCUUAAAGUUAUCGAAAAGCGUGAGACCCGGUGGCGUGUGCAAUGGUACUAUAGAAUGUUUGAGGCUACACAAGAUGGCUUGGGGAAAAAUGCUCCUGUACAUAGUAUACAUGGUUCCUUACUUGCAGUUGGAGAACUUUUGAGGAACACUGGUGAGUUCAUGAUGUCGAGGUACAGAGAAGUUGCAGAGAUCGUUCUCAGAUAUCUAGAGCACCGUGAUCGACUUGUUCGCCUCAGCAUAACAUCUUUGUUGCCCCGCAUUGCUCAUUUCUUGCGUGACCGAUUUGUCACAAACUACUUAACGAUAUGCAUGAAUCAUAUUCUUGCAGUCCUGAGGCAACCUGCUGAACGUGGCAGUGGAUUUAUUGCUCUGGGGGAGAUGGCUGGUGCUCUGGACGGGGAACUUGUCCACUAUUUGCCAACAAUCAUGUCUCACUUACGUGAUGCAAUUGCUCCUCGUAGAGGAAAGCCCUCAAUGGAGGCUUUGACCUGUGUUGGUAACAUAGCAAAAGCCAUGGGGCCGACCAUGGAACCUUAUAUCCGCGACCUUAUGGAUGUUGUGUUUUCUGCUGGUCUCUCAUCCACACUUGUUGAAUCCCUCGAACAAAUUACUGAUAGUAUUCCAUCAUUGCUGCCAACUAUCCAGGAUCGGCUGCUCGAUUGUAUUUCCUUAGUUCUUUCCAAGUCUCAUUAUUCUCAGGCAAGGCCAGCGACUGCAAUCUCUCGAGGUGGUACUGCCAAUCCAACUCAACAGAUAUCAGAUCUUAGUGGUCCUGCCUUGGUUCAACUUGCUCUGCAAACUCUAGCUCGAUUUAAUUUCAAGGGACAUGAAUUACUUGAGUUUGCAAGAGAAUCCGUUAUUGUGUAUCUUGACCACGAGGAUGGUGCUACACGAAAGGAUGCGGCACUCUGCUGCUGCAAAUUAGUUGCAAAUUCCUUUUCCAGUGGUGUGUCUGCACAAUAUGGCUCUGGUCGGUCCAAUCGAAGUGGUGGAAAGCGAAGGUGUCUUAUUGAGGAGCUAGUGGAAAAGCUUCUAAUUGCAGCUGUUGCAGAUGCGGAUGUUAAUGUUCGGCAUUCAAUAUUUUCUUCUCUUUAUGAAAAUCGAGGCUUUGAUGAUUUUCUAGCUCAGGCUGAUUGUCUCAGUGCAGUUUUUGCUGCGCUAAAUGAUGAGGAUUUUGAUGUCAGAGAAUAUGCAAUAUCUGUGGCUGGGAGGUUGGCGGAAAAAAAUCCUGCAUAUGUUCUACCAGCCUUGCGUCGGCACCUCAUACAAUUGCUCACUUAUCUUGAACAGAGUGCAGAUAGCAAAUGUCGAGAAGAAAGCGCGAAAUUACUGGGUUGUCUGAUACGCAACUGUGAACGAUUAAUUCUGCCUUAUAUUGCCCCAAUACACAAGGCACUUGUUGCUAGACUUCUUGAGGGCACGGGGGCAAAUGCCAAUACUGGCAUUAUAAGUGGAGUUCUUGUUACGGUGGGGGAUCUUGCAAGAGUGGGUGGAUUUGCUAUGAGGCAAUAUAUUUCAGAGCUCAUGCCUCUGAUUGUUGAUGCUUUACUGGAUGGAGCUUCGGUCACAAAACGCGAGGUGGCUGUAUCAACACUAGGCCAAGUUGUGCAAAGCACUGGGUAUGUGAUAGCUCCUUAUAACGAGUACCCCCAGUUACUUGGCUUACUCCUGAAAUUGUUGAAUGGAGAAUUAGUCUGGUCCACCAGACGUGAAGUACUCAAGGUGCUCGGCAUUAUGGGUGCACUGGAUCCACAUGUGCAUAAGCGAAAUCAGCAAAAUUUGCCUGGCUCCCAUGGCGAGGUAGCCCGUGCAGCUAGUGAGUCAGGCCAGCACAUCCCAUCAUUGGAUGAACUGCCUAUGGACCUUUGGCCCUCUUUUGCUACUUCUGAAGAUUAUUAUUCAACGGUUGCUGUUAAUUCCCUCAUGCGCAUUCUUAGAGAUCCUUCUCUUGCUGGUUACCACCAAAAGGUGGUAGGAUCUCUUAUGUUCAUAUUCAAGUCAAUGGGCCUUGGCUGCGUGCCAUAUUUACCAAAGGUUUUGCCGGAUCUCUUUCACACUGUCCGCACAUGUGAUGACUCUCUCAAGGAUUUUAUUACAUGGAAGCUUGGAACUUUGGUGUCUAUUGUUCGCCAGCACAUUCGUAAAUAUCUGCCCGAGUUGCUGUCUCUGAUAUCUGAGCUAUGGUCAUCCUUUGGCUUGCCAGCAACCAAUCGUCCUGCUCGUGGCUUUCCCGUUUUGCAUUUAGUUGAGCAGCUUUGUUUAGCCCUCAAUGAUGAAUUCAGAAAACAUCUUCCUGCUAUUCUUCCCUGUUGUAUACAAGUUCUAAGUGAUGCGGAGAGGUGUAAUGACUAUACUUAUGUGCUGGACAUACUCCAUACACUUGAAGUUUUUGGUGGGACAUUAGAUGAGCAUAUGCAUCUGUUAUUCCCAGCACUUAUUCGGUUGUUUAAAGUGGAUGCUCCAGUGGACAUAAGACGUGCUGCUAUCAAGACUUUGACAAGAUUAAUCCCUCGUGUGCAGGUCACUGGUCAUAUUUCUUCCCUUGUCCAUCACCUGAAACUGGUUUUGGAUGGGAAGAAUGACGAGCUACGCAAAGAUGCUCUUGAUGCACUAUGUUGUUUGGCUCAUGCCCUUGGGGAGGACUUUACCAUUUUCAUCCCAUCACUUCACAAACUGUUAUUGAAGCAUCGAUUACGGCAUAAGGAGUUUGAAGACAUUGAAGGGCGUUUGCGGAGACGUGAGCCUCUGAUCUCAGGAAUUACCGCCCAAAGGUUGGGCCGACGUGCCACGGUGGAGGUUAUAAGCGAUCCUUUGAAUGAUGCCGAUAAUGAUCCUUACGAAGAUGCUGCUGAUGUGCAAAGACAGCUGAGGGGACAUCAGGUAAAUGAUGGCCGCUUGCGCACUGCUGGAGAGGCUUCUCAGCGCAGUACUAAAGAAGAUUGGGCUGAAUGGAUGAGGCAUUUCAGCAUUGAACUUCUGAAGGAGUCUCCUUCUCCAGCAUUGCGAACAUGUGCAAGGCUUGCACAAUUGCAGCCUUUUGUCGGUCGUGAGUUGUUUGCUGCUGGGUUUGUUAGCUGUUGGGCACAACUCAAUGAAGCUAGUCAGAAACAGCUAGUUCGAAGCCUGGAGAUGGCCUUUUCUUCUCCAAAUAUUCCACCUGAGAUUCUGGCAACACUUCUUAACUUGGCUGAGUUCAUGGAACAUGAUGAGAAACCUCUUCCCAUAGACAUCCGCCUUCUUGGUGCACUUGCUGAAAAGUGUCGUGCGUUUGCGAAAGCUCUGCAUUACAAAGAAAUGGAAUUUGAAGGUGCCAGAACUAAGAAGAUGGAUGCUAAUCCAGUUGCUGUUGUUGAAGCUCUCAUUCAUAUAAAUAAUCAGUUGCACCAGCAUGAAGCUGCUGUUGGAAUACUAACCUAUGCCCAACUACAUCUUGGUGUCCAACUCAAAGAGUCGUGGUAUGAGAAAUUGCAGCGGUGGGAUGAUGCUCUUAGAGCUUAUACUGCUAAAGCCUCCCAAGCGUCCAGUCCGCACCUGGUGCUUGAGGCAACUUUAGGUAGGAUGCGGUGCCUGGCAGCAUUAGCACGAUGGGAAGAACUUAAUAACUUAUGCAAGGAGUAUUGGACCCCGGCCGAGCCAGCUGCUAGAUUGGAAAUGGCACCAAUGGCUGCUAAUGCUGCAUGGAACAUGGGAGAAUGGGACCAGAUGGCAGAAUAUGUGUCUCGUUUGGAUGAUGGUGAUGAGACAAAACUUCGAGUUUUGGGAAAUACAGCUGCAAGUGGAGAUGGAAGUAGUAAUGGUACAUUCUUCAGAGCAGUGCUUUUUGUUCGUAGGGGGAAGUAUGAUGAAGCUCGUGAAUAUGUCGAGAGAGCUAGGAAGUGCCUGGCGACAGAGCUUGCGGCUCUGGUUCUGGAGAGUUAUGAGCGUGCUUACAGCAACAUGGUUCGUGUUCAGCAGCUGUCAGAACUAGAAGAGGUUAUUGAUUAUUGUACACUUCCUCUCGGAAAUCCUGUUGCUGAAAGACGGCGUGACCUUAUUCGUAAUAUGUGGACGGAGAGGAUAAAAGGAGCAAAGCGUAACGUUGAGGUGUGGCAAGCACUUUUGGUUGUAAGAGCCCUUGUUCUACCUCCAACAGAAGACAUCGGCACUUGGCUUAAGUUUGCUUCACUUUGUCGAAAAAAUAAUCGGAUAAGUCAGGCCAAGUCCACUUUGGUUAAGCUUCUACAGUAUGAUCCGGAAACAUCUCCUGAAAAUGUGCAAUGUCAUGGACCUCCCCAAGUAAUAUUGGCAUAUUUGAAAUACCAAUGGUCACUUGGAGAAGAACAUAAAAGAAAAGAAGCAUUUGCUCGGUUGCAGAAUUUGGCGAUGGAGCUUUCUAGUGCCCCAAACAUUCAGUCAGCUCUAUCUACUGGUUCUUUGAGCACUACAAGUGGAUAUGCACCCCUUCUUGCUCGUGUGUAUCUCAGGCUUGGAACUUGGCAGUGGGCACUUUCUCCUGGACUGGAUGAUGAAUCUGUACAAGAAAUCCUUGAUGCAUUUAGGAAUGCCACUCAGUAUGCUACAGAAUGGGGAAAAGCAUGGCACACGUGGGCCUUGUUCAAUACGGCAGUGAUGUCCCAUUAUACAUUGAAAGGAUUUCCUGAUGUGGCCUCGCAAUUUGUCGUUGCAGCAGUGAAUGGAUAUUUCUAUUCAAUAGCUUGUGCAGCAAAUGCGAAAGGAGUUGAUGAUAGCUUGCAGGAUAUACUACGGCUUCUUACCCUCUGGUUCAAUCAUGGAGCUACUGCAGAAGUUCAAAUGGCGCUGGAGAAAGGAUUUGCCUAUGUUAAUAUCAAUACAUGGCUAGUUGUUUUGCCUCAGAUAAUUGCCAGGAUACACUCAAACAAUCAUGCUGUUAGAGAACUCAUACAAUCACUUCUAGUGCGAAUUGGACAGUCUCAUCCCCAGGCUCUUAUGUAUCCUCUUCUCGUGGCUUGUAAAUCUAUAAGUAAUUUGCGUAGAGCAGCAGCGCAAGAAGUGGUGGACAAAGUCCGUCAACAUAGUGGCCUACUUGUUGAUCAGGCACAACUUGUAUCGAAGGAAUUAAUCAGGGUCGCGAUUCUUUGGCAAGAAAUGUGGCAUGAGGGUUUGGAAGAAGCCAGCCGAUUGUUCUUUGGGGAGCAUAACAUAGAGGGAAUGCUGAAGGUCUUAGAGCCCUUGCAUGAAAUGCUUGAAGAAGGAGUUAUGAGGGAGAAGACAACGAUAAAGGAGCGAGCCUUCAUUGAGGCAUACCGCCAUGAAUUGUUGGAGGCUUGGGAGUGCUGCAUGAAGUACAAGAGGACUCUUAAAGAGGCUGAACUUACUCAGGCAUGGGAUUUGUAUUAUCACGUAUUCAAACGGGUAGAUAGGCAGAUUCAGGCAAUGACUACCCUGGACCUGAAGUCUGCUUCGCCAGAUUUGUUGGAGUGUCGUGACUUGGAGCUUGCUGUUCCUGGGACUUAUCAAGCUGAUUCACCGGUAGUUACCAUCGCAUCAUUUGCACCUCAGCUAGCUAUAAUUCAAUCCAAACAGCGUCCUCGGAAGUUGACAAUUCAUGGUAGUGAUGGUAAAGAUUAUGCCUUCUUGCUGAAGGGACAUGAAGAUCUCCGCCAGGAUGAGCGAGUGAUGCAGCUCUUUGGUCUAGUCAAUACGCUGCUGGAGAAUUCAAGGAGGACUUCGGAGAAAGAUUUGUCGAUUCAACGAUAUUCAGUCAUUCCAUUGUCUCCAAACAGUGGAUUAAUUGGUUGGGUUCCUCAUUGUGACACUCUACACCAGCUCAUUAGAGAAUACAGAGAUGCCAGAAAGAUCACCCUGAAUCAAGAGCACAAGUACAUGCUCAGUUUUGCUCCUGACUAUGACCAUUUACCGCUAAUAGCCAAGGUUGAAGUUUUCGAGUAUGCUCUUCAAAACACGGAAGGAAAUGAUCUGGCUAGGGUCCUAUGGCUAAAAAGCCGCACUUCUGAGGUAUGGUUGGAAAGGAGGACAAAUUAUACUAGAAGUUUGGCAGUUAUGAGCAUGGUGGGUUACCUUCUAGGCCUGGGCGAUCGACAUCCAAGUAACCUUAUGUUGCACCGCUACAGUGGGAAAAUUUUGCACAUUGACUUCGGUGAUUGCUUCGAAGCUUCAAUGAAUCGGGAGAAAUUCCCUGAGAAGGUACCUUUCCGCUUGACUAGAAUGCUAGUGAAAGCCAUGGAGGUCAGUGGCAUAGAGGGGACUUUCCGCAACACUUGUGAAAAUGUGAUGCAAGUUCUUCGAACUAAUAAGGAUAGUGUGAUGGCCAUGAUGGAGGCCUUUGUCCAUGAUCCUCUCAUCAAUUGGCGUCUUUUCAACUUCAAUGAAGUUCCUCAAAUGUCCACUCCUGCAAAUACUCAUGUACCUACUGCUGGCGUAAACAGCGAGGAAUCUGCUCCAAACAGAGAGCAGCUUCCUCAGCCACAACGUGGGGCCCGUGAAAAGGAGCUCCUUCAGGCUGUUAAUCAGCUGGGUGAUGCAAAUGAGGUUCUGAAUGAGCGGGCUGUCAUCGUAAUGGCUCGGAUGAGCAACAAACUCACUGGACGUGAUUUUUCAUCCUCAUCCUCAACGUCUACCAGCACUAUGCAACAUCCAGUAGUUGACCACAGCUCCUUGCUCGCAGGAGAUGCCCGUGAAGUAGAUCACGGGUUGUCUGUCAAAUUGCAGGUCCAGAAGCUGAUUCUGCAAGCUAUGUCCCAUGAGAAUCUGUGCCAGAAUUAUGUUGGGUGGUGUCCUUUCUGGUAA